AUGCAAAACGGUCUUCCUCGCCCACCUCCUGGAUUCAAGUUCGUCCCCACUGAAGAAGAACUGAUCAACUAUUAUCUAUACAACAAGAUUCAUGGAAGAUUUCAUGGAGAAGAUGCCACCUUGAUCAAGGACUACGAUCUUUAUGGUGAAGAAGAACCCUGGGAAAUAUUCAACAAAUUUCAGGGUCACAAGUUUGGUGAUAAUGGGCUUUAUUUUCUUACAACGUUACAUAAGAAAACAACCAAUGGUAUUAAGAAUAUGAAUAGAAGUGUUGGUACUCAUGGCGGUACCUGGCAUGGUGAUGGUGGCAAGGAAGUAAAAUCCAGUGAAGGAGUUGUUAUUGGAACGAAGAAAAGAUUUCGAUACCACAAACAUGGAAAACCAGUCAAGGAUGGUUGGAUACUGUUGGAGUAUGGUUCAGAAUCUAUUUCUGAAAAUAUUGUGAUCUCUCAGCUCAAGAAGAGUGAACGUGGUUCUUCAAAUGAUAAGGAACCAACCUCAAGAAAAAGGAAACACAUCAAUGCAGAAGUUUUUGAAGUUGCUGAAGAUGAUGACAUACUCAAGAUCAUGCAAAGCAUAGUGAUCAACUCUAUACCUAUAAGGUCACCAGCUCUGGAACCCCAGCAGAUUAUCCAGAAUCAGGACACGUGGCUUGAGGCUGCAACAGUUUCAAUGGAGCUUGGGGCAUCCGUGACCGUCGACUCGGGACCUGAUCUGUCACUAGCUCAAGAACCGCAGCAGAUUACUGCAAAUCAGGAGAUGUGGCUUGAGGCGGCUUCUGUUGCAUGGGAGAAUGAUGGAGGUUUCUCUACUGCAUAUUCUUUUGAUGAUGAGAUAUCAUUCGUCAACGGUGAACCUGUCGGAUUGCAAUUCGAGCCUGGGCUUGGAAACUUCAUUCAAGAACCAAUGAUCAAUGAACAUCAACAGAUGGCUCUUGCAUGUUUUAGUGGCAAUCAUGAGGAAAAACCUAUUUCAGUCGAGGAUUAUGAGUUGAUGGGUCUAUCGGAAGCUACCUUUCAAUGA